AGGAGCGUUGAAUCAAGGAGCUCUCAGCACGUACUCGUCAAGCCCUCCUGUGCACCACUACUGUCUGCUCCAAUACACUCUCCUUGGAUACGAUGCAAAUCUUCGUCAAAACUCUCACCGGUAAAACCAUCACUCUUGAGGUAGAAUCCUCGGAUACGAUUGACAUGGUCAAGUCAAAGAUUCAAGACAAGGAGGGCAUUCCACCUGACCAGCAGCGUCUGAUCUUUGCAGGGAAACAAUUAGAAGAUGGACGCACUCUGGCAGACUACAAUAUCCAAAAAGAAUCAACCCUGCAUCUUGUGCUGAGGCUUCGUGGAGGCGCAAAGAAAACUGUCUGCGAUCACGAUGGUUGCAACGAAAGAGCUGCCAUGAUCAUUGGAGAUUGUAAGUAUUGCAAGCACAAGUUUUGUGGCUCUCAUCGAUUGCCGGAAACUCAUUCGUGUGCCGCUCUUAGCACCUGUAGGACUCAGGCAUUUGAAAGGAAUGCAGCAAAACUUGAAAGUGAGAAGUGCGUUGCCACCAAGGUCUGAAGGAAAGUAGGUACUUGUGUCGAUUCAAUAUGAAAUAAAGAGGAGUAAUAAGUUAGCUCGGAUCUGCAUUAACUAUCUUACAUGAAGAUUCAAAAGCU